AUGUUCCAUCUUUUACACAUCGAAAUAAAGAGAUCGGAAAAUGAACUGAUACGAGCUUGUGUACAGGGUGGGAGUGCUGAGUGCGGUGUUGGUGUGACUGGUGUUGGUGUGACUGGUGUUGGCGUAACUGAUGGUGUGGCUGAUGUUGGUGUGACUGGUGUUGGUGUGGCUGAUGUUGGUGUGACUGGUGUUGGUGUGACUGAUGGUGUGACUGGUGUUGGUGUGACUGGUGUUGGUGUGACUGAUGGUGUGACUGGUGUUGGCGUGACUGGUGUUGGCGUGACUGGUGUUAGUGUGACUGGUGUUGGCGUGACUGGUGUUGGCGUGACUGGUGUUGGCGUGACUGGUGUUGGUGUAAUCUUCACGCUCGUGACCGUGUGUCAGAGAACUUGUUACUCACCUUCUAAAACUAGUGGCAUACAAUAA